CCGUGAGCACAAAUUAUAAGAUUCCCGGAGAUAUCAGCCAGAAUAAAACGCUAAUCAGCUAGAUCAAGAUCAGCCGAGAAUCAAUCCACCAGCACUAUUGGAUAGCAUUUCGGCUAAAAUUCCACAAUCCAGCAUAGCAGCUAGCCAAGGAGUUCAUACGUGGUCACCACACAGCAAAAUUGAAUUUUUAUCAGCUACAACAAAACAACAUAAAGCACAUUAAAAAGAAAAUGACCCGCUUCACGUUGAUGCGAAAACAAGCGGAAACUACCCGAGGCUACCCCCUGACUUGUCGACUUUGCGGCUCGAAGCAUCCUCUCCGGCUCUGCCCUGUUUUUCGUGCUAAAGGGCCAGAAGAGCGUCUGCGUGAAGUAUUGAUCCACCGCUACUGCUCCAAUUGCUUAGCAGGAACACACCGCGCAGCACAUUGCACUAACGAGGGCAGAUGCCGGCAGUGCCAGGAGCAACAUCACACGUUGCUUCAUAUUUCAUCACGUGCCGACAAGCCGCGUUUUAGCCGACGACCACCAAGGAAUACGGUUGCCGAAGACGACGAUAGCGACGCCAUAUCAUUGGAGGCGUCAGAGGCUGCAGCGGAAACUUCAGCUUUCCGCCCAGGCCUGGAAGAGGGGGAAAUCCCUGAACCUGAAGCGGAAACCGAUGCUUUCCGCUCAGCAAACCCCCCUGGAAUGAAAACCUACGCUUUCCAUCCAGAUGGGUCGAGGGGAUUAGGACUCCAGCGUUUUCGCCCAGACUCAGAGCACGAGCGAGACCAUCAAGAGGGACUGGAAACCGGAGCUUUCCAGCCUUCAAAAAACAAGAGAGGCAAAUCCCGACAGCAGCGUUACCGCCCUCGCCGUCGACAAAUCAAAAGCGGGCGAGUGGAAUCUUCUGCAUUCCACCGCCAAGCUCAAAGCGGAUUUCGAUCCGGAAUGGUAACUAUGGGGCGAUCAGCUGUUAUUUCGCUACAAAGCCUGACACCAGUAGCGCCCACCGCCGUCGUGAAAAUAGAGGCAGGAGGCCGACUACAUCAUAUACGGGCACUCAUAGACCCAUGCGCAGCCACGUCGAUAUUAGCCGAGGAUCUUGCCCAAGAGCUACGCUUGAACGUGACGUCCAUCAAUAAGCAACGCGGGUGCUUUAUUAAAAUGCGUGGAAAAUACGGGCAAACAGCGACGGUAACCACUCACGCUAUUAUUGUGAGAAACUUCAAAAAGAUAACCCCGGUCGCGAAUAUCGACGCUUCGAUUGGCGCAGCGUAUACAAAUUUAAGACUGGCUGACCCGCGGUUCCACAUUUCUUCGCCAGUCCGAGUAGUUCUUGGGGCCGACGUUUUCCCCAAGAUUUUCCUGGGCGCUCUUCCCGCAGGUGCCAUGGGCCCACUAUUGGCACAAAAUACAAUCUUCGGGUGGGUGCUCUCCGGUGCUUGCUGAAUGAUUUUUCCCCCCAACAAUUACAAUAAAUUUUUUAUAUUCACUUUUUUAUUUUUUCGAAAAUCUGGAUUAAUAACAUGAAUUGAAAUAAAAAUAAACAAGUGCUUGUGAAUUUCAAACCACGUUUUAUUGUGACUUUUUUCUUCCUUUACAUUUUUUCUAGAAUUUAGGUUCGACAAAUGCGUAACGUAAAUGGAUACGUCGCUUCUAGUUUUAAGACAUAUCUACUAAACGAUGAAACUUGGUGGCCUAAAUACGUAAACUUCCAGAUUGCUUGCCGCAAGGGGGCCGGCAUGUUUAGGCCAGCGUCUUAAAUACGCCAUUUAAGA